AUGAAUAUAAAACAAAGCCAAAAAGUAUUUUCUCUAUACAAGCUUAUUCGACGAUGUGCAUCAACAGAAGCUUUAGCGGCUGAUUUGAAACAUAUCGUGGGAACUGAUAAUGUCACAAACAGUGCAGCUGUUCGAGAGCAACAUAACCACGAUGAAUCAUACCAUGUAGGUCGCAGCCCUGACGUUGUUGUUUAUACCAGAACUACAAAGGAAGUUUCACAAGUUGUCAAGUAUUGUGCAGCAAAAUGCAUUCCUAUUAUACCAUUUGGUACUGGUACUGGUUUAGAAGGGGGCGUCACUGCUAUGGAAGGUGGUGUAUGCCUAGAUUUGAGUCGUAUGGAUAAGGUUCUACAAGUCAAUCCUGAAGAUUUCGAUUGUAUAGUUCAAGCUGGUGUUACUCGAAAUGCAUUGAAUUCUUUUAUUCGUGAUACUGGUCUUCAGUUUCCAAUUGAUCCCGGUGCAAAUGCAUCUCUCGGUGGUAUGUGCGCAACAAGUGCAUCAGGAACAAUGGCUGUUCGAUAUGGUACCAUGCGUGAAAAUGUAAUGAACUUGGAAGUUGUUUUAGCUGACGGUACUAUUAUAAAAACAGCUGGACUCAAAGGACGAAGUCGAAAAACGUCAGCUGGUUACAAUCUCACUAAUUUAUUUGUUGGUCAAGAAGGUACUCUCGGUAUUAUUACUGAAGCAACACUGAAACUACAUGCAACACCUGAAGCUGUUCUGUCUGCUGUUGCUCCGUUUAAAGAUUUCCAGGGUGCAGUGAAUGCUACAGUGGCUAUAAUGCAAAGUGGUUUGCCUGUUGCGCGAAUCGAAUUUCUCGAUGAAAAUAUGGUUGAUGCUUGUAAUCGAUUUUCAAAACUGGACCUUGAUGUAGCUCCUACAUUAUUUCUUGAAUUUCACGGUAGCAAGAAUAACAUUGAAGCUCAAGGAAAAACAGCAGGUAAUGAUAUAACAAGUGUGAAAGAAAAGGAAAUUUUAUUGUAA